GCGCAGCGAUGUUUUGCAAAGUCAAAAACAGCUGUUUUUGCGCCCUUGACGGAGGUGCUUGUGACAAUGACUUAGGUUAUGUUAUUAAUUUGCAAAAUAUAACUUAAUAACUAAUGGACUUAUUACAAAAACUAUUAGUGCCAGUGAAAAUAAGUGUUCUUUAAAAUUAGUUCUUGUGUCCUAGUCAACAUAUAGUGAGACUGAUGUGCUUAAAUAGAAUAAAAGUACUUAUUUUCGGAUAAAUCAAGACAAAAUGAGAAACGGCAAGCGUCCUAGUAUAGAUGAAGAAAAAGAGGAAUUGAAUCCCGAAAAAAAUGGAUGGGUGCGAGUGCGUUCCAGCCAGCAGUUCAACGUCGUGAGACGCGUGUACCAGCAGGACGCGUUAAACGAAGACGCGGACUACCACGAGCCCGUUCGACCAUGGAAAUACCACCUCAGAAAGUGCAUCCGCGACUGCGGCAUUGCACAAUGCGUCUGCGGCAUCCUUCCAAUCAUAGACUGGCUUCCGAAGUACAAGAUCAAGGAGUACGCGAUUGGGGACUUGACUGCUGGAGCCACUACUGCCGUCAUGCAUAUUCCUCAGGGAAUGGCGUACGCGAUGCUAGCGGAAGUGGCCCCGGUAGCGGGUCUGUACAUGGCGUUCUUCCCAGUCCUGAUCUACGUUCUGUUUGGGACCUCACCGCACAUCUCGUUGGGGACCUUCGCUGUGGCCUGUCUUAUGUCUGGGAAGGUUGUGAGCACGUAUGCGAGGAUGCCAGAUAUAGAUAACAUUAGCAAUAUUACAAAUGUAACGAAUGUUGUUACGGAUUCAGGGAACGGGUCUAUGGAGUACACUCCAGAGCAAGUUCUCAGCGUGGUAUGUUUAACUGUCGGCAUUAUGCAGACUUGUAUGUGGAUAUUCCGGCUCGGAGCGGUGUCGACCCUGCUCUCGGAGCCGCUCGUGUCCGGGUUCACGACCGGCGCAGCGUUCAUCGUGAUCGCCUCGCAACUGAAGGACCUCUUCGGCAUCAGGAUACCCAAGUUGUCGGGGAAUCAUAAAGUCGUGCUUACAGUGAUCGAGGUGUGUAAAGCGCUGCCGAACACCAACGUGGCGGCGGUCACCAUCUCCUUCCUGGUGUGUCUCGUGAUAGCACUCAACAACGAACUGUUCAAGCCAUGGGUAGCCAAACGCUCCCGGGUGCCGGUCCCCAUCGAGCUGCUGGCUAUAGUCAUCGGCACGCUCGUCACCAAGUUCAGCGUGUUGAAGGAAAAGUUCGGGAUAGCACUAGUCGGGGAGAUACCUACUGGGUUACCCACGCCGUUCGUACCGCCGCUGGAACUCAUGCCAUCAGUAGCGGUGGACUCGAUCACCAUAACCAUGGUCACCUACACCAUAUCCAUGUCCAUGGCGCUCAUAUUCGCGGCCAGAGACAAGUAUGAGGUGGAUUCUAAUCAAGAGUUAUUGGCUCUGGGCGCCAGCAAUUUAAUGGGUUCAUUCUUCUGUUGCGCACCGAUCUGCGCGAGUCUGUCCAGAUCCUACAUCCAAUACCAGGCGGGUGCCAAAACAAAUCUAACGCAAGUAGUGAGCGCGCUGCUCAUAUUAUGCGUCCUGCUCUUCUUGGGUCCCUUUUUUGAGGACCUGCCGCGCUGCGUGCUCGCCUCGAUCAUUGUGGUGUCUCUAAAGGGGAUGUUAUUGCAAGUUUUAGACCUUAAGAGGUUCUGCUAUCUGAGUAAAUUGGACGCAGCCGUCUGGCUUAUUACCUUCCUCAUGACUACUCUCGUCAACAUCGAUUAUGGGUUAGUAGCAGGUCUAUUAGCGAGUGUGGGGGCGCUGUUCAUUCGGUCCCAGAAACCCUACACCUGCCUGCUGGGCCGAGUGCUGGAGACAGACCUCUACCUGGAUAUCAAGCGGUACCGAGCCGCCGAAGAGCUCCCCGGAAUCAAGAUAUUCCACUACUGCGGGGGCCUCAACUUCGCCACCAAGAACCUGUUCCGGGAGACGCUCUUCCGCAAGGUCGGCUACAUGAAGCCCAUCGUCAUCUUCCCCGAGGACCAGGACAGCAACAACGGGACCUUGACCAAGAGCGAGAGUUACGUAUGGGACCCCAGUAUUGGAAAGAAGGUCCACUGCGUGAUAAUAGACGCGUCUGCGCUUUCGUACGUAGACGCUCCGGGCGUCAAGACGCUCGUAGUGGUGUCGAAAGAGUUAGAGGCCAGUAACAUUAUGGUGCUGCUAGCGGGGGCCAAUGGUCCAAUGCUAGAAAUGAUUCACCGCUACAACGAGUUAGAGACCACCAACCAGCUCCGUAUCGACACCUUCCCCACCGUCCACGACGCCGUGGUAUACUACAAAGUACUAGAAGCUAAGAGGGGAGACAACACAGUUCCUGUCACUAUCAACGGGUGACCUUACUAACUAGAGUAGAUGUAGUGUUAAACUCGGGACA